CAGCUGUCUCUUCUGCGCAAGUCUACACAGUCGCCACCCAAGGAGACAACUUGGAUCUCGCGAUAGCUUCUGCCUCCACGACAAUAGCAAAUACGGGACUGGCUGUAACCUUGGAGGAGGCGGAGCGGCAAGCAGUUGUGGGCGGGGCUUCCUUUGAAGAGAGGACUAAGUGUGAAUGAUUCGUGGCUUUUAUAAAAAGAUAAAAAAAUUCUCCAAAAGCAAGUAUUUUACUACUUAUAAAGAACAGCCUCUAAUUGGGUACGAAUGAAGCCUAGCUCCUUCACGUAACUUAGUUAAGGCUUUCAAGGGAAAUGUAAGCAAAUUGAGAGAAAAAGUUGUAUGGUGCUGACACUAGCCCUCUGAUAGCUUAGUGUUUUAUUCCUCCUCACACGUCUUCCUCAUAAAGUGCUGAAGAAAGAGGGCACUAGUGUACAGCCCAGAUCACAUCCUUGCACCGUCUGGAUUAGAGCUGAGGCGUCUGCAAACCGAGUGCCGCCACGGUCCUCUGGCCCGGGGACCAUAGCGCUGUCUACCCCGACUCAGCGUCCAUCUCGCCGCUGCAACACGACGCCCUUGUUUCCUUAAUCAAUUUACCUUGAUGCACCGUUGAGGAACGGGGACUUGAAUUCCCCUAAAAACGCCCCCAGGGCGUGGAGGCGGUGGUGGAGCACCGGGAGGAGGCGGCGGCGGGGAAGGAGGCGGUGGCGGAGGAGGCGAAGGCUUUGGAUAAGCGGUUCUGGCAAAAGGGACCAAGUCGGAGAGGUAGCGUUGGGCAUCUCUGUGGUGCGCACCCGGAACCUGCAGCCGGGACCAGCGUGGGAACGCGGCUGGCGGGCUGUGGACCUGGUUUUCACCACAAUGGUCUGGCUCCUCUUGGUUUUCUUCCCAGCGGUCUUUUUGGAGCUGUCCUUUCUCUCCAGAAGCCCCGACAGGAAAGUGUUGCUGGUGGGAGCCUCGUCUCAGCGCUCCGUGGCCAGAAUGGACGGAGAUGUCAUCAUCGGGGCCCUCUUCUCAGUCCAUCACCAGCCUCCAGCUGAGAAGGUGCCCGAGAGGAAAUGUGGGGAGAUCAGGGAGCAGUAUGGCAUUCAGAGGGUGGAGGCCAUGUUCCACACGCUGGAUAAGAUCAACGCCGACCCGGUCCUCUUGCCCAAUAUCACCCUGGGCAGUGAGAUUCGGGACUCUUGCUGGCACUCUUCGGUGGCUCUGGAACAGAGCAUUGAGUUCAUCAGAGACUCUCUGAUUUCCAUUCGAGAUGAGAAGGAUGGGCUCAACCGGUGCCUUCCUGACGGCCAGUCCCUCCCCCCAGGCAGGACUAAGAAGCCCAUUGCGGGUGUAAUCGGCCCUGGCUCCAGCUCAGUUGCCAUUCAAGUGCAGAACCUGCUCCAGCUCUUCGACAUCCCCCAGAUUGCUUAUUCUGCCACAAGCAUCGACCUGAGUGACAAAACUUUGUACAAAUACUUCCUGAGGGUUGUACCGUCUGACACUUUGCAAGCGAGGGCGAUGCUUGACAUUGUCAAGCGUUACAAUUGGACCUAUGUCUCAGCAGUCCACACAGAAGGGAAUUAUGGAGAGAGUGGAAUGGAUGCUUUCAAAGAGCUGGCUGCCCAAGAAGGCCUCUGCAUUGCCCACUCAGACAAAAUCUACAGCAACGCUGGGGAGAAGAGCUUUGACCGACUCUUGCGCAAGCUCCGAGAGCGGCUUCCCAAGGCCAGAGUGGUGGUCUGCUUCUGUGAAGGGAUGACAGUCCGAGGACUUCUCAGCGCCAUGCGGCGUCUUGGUGUCGUGGGGGAGUUCUCACUCAUUGGGAGUGAUGGAUGGGCAGACAGAGACGAAGUCAUUGAAGGUUAUGAGGUGGAAGCCAACGGGGGAAUCACGAUAAAGCUGCAGUCUCCAGAGGUCAGGUCAUUUGAUGAUUAUUUCCUGAAACUGAGGUUGGACACUAACACAAGGAAUCCCUGGUUCCCUGAGUUCUGGCAACAUCGAUUCCAGUGCCGCCUACCAGGACACCUUUCGGAAAAUCCCAACUUUAAAAGAAUCUGCACAGGCAAUGAAAGCUUAGAAGAAAAUUAUGUCCAGGACAGUAAGAUGGGGUUUGUCAUCAACGCCAUUUAUGCCAUGGCUCACGGACUGCAGAACAUGCACCAUGCCCUCUGCCCCGGCCACGUAGGUCUCUGCGAUGCUAUGAAGCCCAUCGAUGGCAGAAAACUCCUGGACUUUCUCAUUAAGUCCUCGUUCAUCGGCGUGUCUGGAGAGGAGGUGUGGUUUGAUGAGAAAGGGGAUGCUCCUGGAAGGUAUGAUAUAAUGAAUCUGCAGUACACUGAAGCUAAUCGCUAUGACUAUGUACACGUUGGAACCUGGCAUGAAGGAGUGCUGAAUAUUGAUGAUUACAAAAUCCAGAUGAACAAGAGUGGAGUGGUACGGUCUGUGUGCAGUGAACCUUGCUUAAAGGGGCAGAUUAAGGUCAUACGGAAAGGAGAAGUCAGCUGCUGCUGGAUUUGCACGGCCUGCAAAGAGAAUGAAUAUGUGCAAGAUGAGUUUACCUGCAAAGCCUGUGACUUGGGGUGGUGGCCCAAUGCAGAUCUAACAGGCUGUGAGCCCAUUCCCGUUCGCUAUCUCGAGUGGAGCAACAUAGAAUCCAUCAUAGCCAUCGCCUUUUCUUGCCUGGGCAUCCUUGUUACCCUGUUUGUCACCCUCAUCUUUGUGCUAUACCGGGACACGCCAGUUGUCAAAUCCUCCAGUCGAGAACUCUGCUACAUCAUCCUAGCUGGCAUCUUCCUGGGUUACGUGUGCCCUUUCACUCUCAUUGCCAAACCUACUACCACGUCCUGCUACCUCCAGCGCCUCCUGGUUGGCCUUUCCUCUGCCAUGUGCUACUCGGCAUUAGUGACCAAAACCAAUCGCAUUGCACGCAUCCUGGCUGGCAGCAAGAAGAAGAUCUGCACCCGGAAGCCCAGGUUCAUGAGCGCUUGGGCACAGGUGAUCAUUGCUUCAAUCCUGAUUAGUGUGCAGCUGACCCUGGUGGUAACCCUGAUCAUCAUGGAGCCCCCCAUGCCUAUUCUCUCCUACCCCAGUAUCAAGGAAGUCUACCUUAUCUGUAAUACCAGCAACCUAGGUGUGGUGGCCCCUGUGGGCUACAAUGGACUCCUCAUCAUGAGCUGUACCUACUAUGCCUUCAAGACCCGCAACGUGCCCGCCAACUUCAACGAGGCCAAAUACAUCGCCUUCACCAUGUACACCACCUGCAUCAUCUGGCUAGCUUUCGUGCCCAUUUACUUUGGGAGCAACUACAAGAUCAUCACUACCUGCUUUGCAGUAAGCCUCAGUGUAACGGUGGCCCUGGGGUGCAUGUUCACCCCCAAGAUGUACAUCAUUAUUGCCAAGCCCGAGAGAAAUGUCCGCAGUGCCUUCACCACCUCUGACGUAGUCCGCAUGCACGUGGGCGAUGGCAAGCUUCCCUGCCGCUCCAAUACUUUCCUCAACAUCUUCCGAAGAAAGAAGCCAGGGGCAGGGAAUGCCAAUUCUAAUGGCAAGUCUGUGUCAUGGUCUGAACCAGGUGGAAGACAGGUGCCCAAGGGACAGCACAUGUGGCACCGCCUCUCUGUGCACGUGAAGACCAAUGAGACGGCCUGCAACCAAACGGCCGUCAUCAAGCCCCUUACUAAAAGUUACCAAGGCUCUGGCAAGAGCCUAACCUUUUCAGAUACCAGCACCAAGACCCUUUACAACGUGGAGGAGGAGGAUGCGCACCCCGUGCGCUUCAGCCCUCCCAACAGCCCUUCCAUGGUGGUGCACCGGCGCGUGCCAACCGCAGUGACCACUCCACCUCUGCCGCCCCAUCUGACCGCGGAGGAGACCCCCCUCUUCUUGGCUGACCCGGCCAUCCCCAAGGGCUUGCCCCCUCCCCUCCCGCAGCAACAGACCCCACAGCAGCCCCAGCAGUCACAGAAAUCCCUAAUGGACCAGUUACAGGGAACGGUCAACAACUUCAGCCCUGAGAUCCCGGAUUUCCACGCGGUGCUGGCAGGCCCUGGGGGGCCAGGGAACGGGCUGCGGUCCCUGUAUCCGCCCCCGCCACCUCCGCAGCACCUGCAGAUGCUGCCGCUGCAGCUGAGCACCUUUGGAGAGGAGCCUGUCUCCCCACCAGCGGAGGACGAAGAUGACAGCGAGAGGUUUAAGCUCCUGCAGGAGUAUGUGUACGAGCGGGAAGGGAACACGGAGGAGGACGAACUGGAAGAGGAAGAGGAGGAUCUGCAGGCAGCCAGCAAAUUGACCCCAGAGGAUUCGCCUGCCCUGACGCCCCCGUCGCCUUUCCGAGACUCGGUGGCCUCGGGCAGCUCAGUGCCCAGCUCGCCGGUGUCCGAGUCGGUGCUCUGCACCCCUCCCAACGUGACCUAUGCCUCUGUCAUUCUCCGGGACUACAAGCAAAGCUCUUCCACUCUGUAGGGAGGAUGUGUCCACAUGAAAAAGUAAGAUAAGCCAGAGAGCUCCGACACCUCCAGAGAUGUGCAAAACGCUGGGAGGAGAGGCUUGGGGGUGGAGGCCAAGCCUGCAGGAAAAGACAAGAACGCUGCUUGCUGCUGCCUUAAGUCAGAAGAGAGGGAUGGAGACGGAGCAGAAAGUGAUCGAGGCCAGGAUUGUGAUUCUUGAAUUAUUCAAAAGUUUUCUCUGGGAAGAAGGAGAAUUCUGACAAAGCACAAUUCCAUAUGGUAUGUAACUUUUAUUGCAAAAAAAUAAUAAUGAUAAUAAUAAAUCAACAAAAAUAGUCUCUUUCGCACAAUUGUGCAUAGAUAUAUAUGCCCACCCAUACUUGGCCAAGCUUAAAAAGGGACAGCCCACGCGGACCACGCUGUCAUUAGUUCAUCUCAUGGCAUUCAUGGUGAGCAUGUGGAGGCAGACAGAGCAGGGGGUGAAGGGGACAUGGACAGAGGAUGGGACUGCAGCUCGUUCCUCAGAAGCCCUUCUGUCUGCUGGGCCUGCAGCCUCCUAAUCUGCAAAAGAGCAGUGAUUGGCCCACAAGGCCUUCUUCCGCCACUCCCCAGGCAGGGCCAGCCUCAAUACCACACUUGGAUAAAGGAGCAUGAAUGCCCUGCUGCUCUGUGAUUUCCUUUUAUUUAGGAAAAUAGGAAUAAGAGCAAAUUCAUCACCAAAAAGUGCUUCAUCAAGAGUGCUACAGGAGGGAGGAGGAAGAAGCAGGACAAAACAGAAGCCUGGGGCUUGUACCUACAGGGUCCUGGGGUUAUACCUACAGGGUCCAUAGGGACAACAGCUUUGCAUACUCCAUACCUGCUUAUUGGUGAUUUUGGAAAGAGGCCAGAACAAGAGAGAGUUUUGACAGUGACAGAAGACCUUUUGCGGAUUAACUUGUGUUUGUGCCAAGCGGGUUCUCCAUUGCCCAUUAUUUAAAGAGAACAAACCAUGUGGUGAACUCAUUACCUUCCAUUUACUGUAGCAAAUAAUGCUUACCAGUUGAACUCCUAAGACGCGGUAUCUGUACAAUGUGGUGCCCUUGUUUCUCCUCCGUGCUACAGAAAUGAGUCCAUCUUGAGCCGAAUGGUAUACCCUAGCUACUAUUAUUGGUUUAAAUGACAAAGAAUUCUUGCCUAUUGUUGCUGAAGUCCCUGUAACUAGUGAGUGUCUGUGUCCCUGUGUCUAUGUAUACCUGUGAUUAUAAAAUUCGUGCAAUGUGAUGUCAACCCAACUGCAACAAUGAUUGUCUUUUGGAUAGAGUAUAGAUCUUUUUUUAAUGUUUGAAGAAGGUUUUAUAUAUCAUUGUCACCGUUAUCCACAAAAGCUUUUGGAAGGUUUGAAUAUGGUGGCCCAGUGUUUUUCAAAUGCAGCUCAAUUGGUAAUUCCUCCUAUAAGAAGGAACUUAUUUUUCAGAUAGUUUAUGUUGUGAGGAUACAUUAUUAGCAAAAUGGCUUGAAACUUUGUAAUACUAAAAGUGCACAAAAAGUGAGGGUGACAAUAAAAAGUACAUUUUCUAAACUUGGACACAUCAUUAUUAAAACAUAAGAUCA